UAUCAAAAGACAGAAAAGUAAGAUAUUGUUUAAUCUUUUCUCUCUCCGGGUAAUUUAUUCUGCGCAUGAUUCUACUGUUGAGGGUUUUUUUUUUAAGAAAAAUGAAUUUUUAAGGCAAUUUUUUGGGUUAGAUUUAGAUCUGGAAAAACGUUUGUUGUGGGGUCUGAAAUCGUUGCUGUGAAGCUUUCAUGACUGGUUGCUUUCCGUGUUUUUGAAGGCUUUCUCAUUUCAUUUUCUCUCCAGUUGUUGUGGUUUGGUUCAUUCAAUUCUUGUUUAUUCACUUUAGUUGGUUCUGUUAGAUCACAUUUUUUUUCUACAUAUUAAGGAUUUGAAGAAGGAAAAUGGCUAAGGAAGUUUCAAAUGGGGAUCAUAAUUCGGCUACAAAGCCGCCUCCAACCCCAUCUCCUCUAAGGUUUUCCAAGUUUUUCCAGUCGAAUAUGAGGAUUCUGGUCACUGGUGGCGCUGGAUUCAUCGGCUCCCAUCUAGUGGAUAAGUUGAUGGAGAAUGAAAAAAAUGAGGUUAUUGUGGCCGAUAACUACUUCACUGGCUCCAAGGACAACCUAAAGAAAUGGAUUGGUCACCCAAGAUUUGAGCUUAUCCGUCAUGAUGUAACAGAGCCAUUGCUAGUUGAGGUUGAUCGGAUAUACCAUCUGGCUUGUCCUGCUUCACCAAUCUUCUACAAAUACAAUCCUGUGAAGACAAUAAAGACAAAUGUGAUCGGUACAUUGAAUAUGUUGGGACUUGCAAAGCGAGUUGGAGCAAGAAUUUUGCUAACAUCCACCUCUGAAGUAUAUGGUGAUCCACUUGAGCAUCCCCAGACUGAGAACUAUUGGGGAAAUGUUAACCCUAUUGGAGUUAGGAGUUGCUAUGAUGAAGGAAAGAGAGUAGCUGAAACUCUGAUGUUUGAUUACCACAGGCAGCAUGGAAUAGAGAUAAGGAUUGCUAGAAUUUUCAAUACUUAUGGACCACGCAUGAACAUUGAUGAUGGUCGUGUUGUCAGCAAUUUCAUUGCUCAAGCAAUCCGUGGUGAGCCGUUGACUGUUCAAUUGCCUGGAACACAAACAAGAAGUUUCUGUUAUGUUUCUGACAUGGUUGAUGGCCUCAUCCGACUUAUGGAAGGAGAGCACACUGGGCCAAUCAAUAUUGGAAAUCCAGGUGAAUUUACGAUGCUUGAACUUGCAGAGGCUGUUAAGGAGCUUAUCAAUCCUGAGGUUGAAAUUGCAAAGGUGGAAAAUACUCCUGAUGAUCCUCGUCAAAGGAAGCCAGACAUAACAAAAGCAAAGGAGUUGCUAGGAUGGGAACCAAAGAUAAAGUUGCGUGACGGCCUCCCCCUUAUGGAAGAGGACUUCCGUCAGAGGCUUGGGGUUCCCAAGAAGAAGGAAUUAAACGCGAUACUGUAAAUUCAGAAGACUACGGUCAGGUGCUCCAAAGCAGUUCUUCAUGUUAUUUACUGCAUCUUAUUAUGGUCCGAAUAAAAUAUGGAAUUAUUUUUUUAAGAAUAAAUGUAUGGUUUUUUCUUUUUAAUUGAAUAAAUGUAUGAUUUUUCAAUUUGGAGAAAAAACUAGUAGGGAAUUUGGAUGAUUUUAUGGUUUGAUGGGAAGAAAAAUUUAUAUUUUAUGGCAAUAUUUUAUAUAUU